ACGACGAGAAGGAAAAAAUGUCGAAGGUGGUGGUUUCCUCCAUAAUCACCGCCUUCGUCUUUCUCGUUGUACUAUUCACCCAAUUAUUCAUCAAAUUGAAUCACAAAGACGGAUAUUACACACCUAAUGGCUUGAGCAGGCGAUUAGGACUCAAAUCUCGUGACCCAAUUUUUGAUCCUCUUGUUGCUGAAUUGGAGCAAAAGACUAAGGGAAAAUCAAAUGAUAAUUCGAGUAGGAGAUCGCGUAAGAAGGAGGAUGAAAAGUAUUUUGAUAAUGAUGGGAGAUUGAAAACUAGUUUGAGAUUGAUGGUUUUGUUUCCUAUUUUGGACGUUGCACCUAAAGAUGGAUUUAUUGAGUAUAAAGAGCUUGAAAUUUGGAAUACACAACAAGCUAUUGAUCGAUUGCAUUAUAGGACUUGGAGAGAAAUGGAGUUUAGAGAUAAGGAUGGAGAUGGAGCUAUUUCUUUCUUUGAAUAUCUCCCUCAAUUUACCAAUGAAGACUUAGAGAAAAAUGAGACAAGCCAUGGAGAUGCAGGAUGGUGGAUGGCACAAUUCAGAAAUGCUGAUGCUGAUCAAAGUGGAACUCUAAACUUAUAUGAAUUUAGAGAUUUUAUGCACCCUGAAGAUAGCAGGAACGAACAAAUACAAAGGUGGUUGUUGAGAGAAAAAAUAAGGCAAAUGGACGUAAACAAGGAUAAUAUGCUAAAUCGAUUGGAAUUUAGUAACGGUGCUUACAAUAUUUAUAAGACUUACCUUGAAUAUGAAUCUCAAGGAACCAAUAUUCCAACACCAUUUCAAGCAUUCGCCAACCUUGACUAUGAUGGUGACGAAUUUCUGAGAGUGGAAGAAUUGAAACCAAUUCUGCAAUAUUUAUGCCCCGGAGAACUCUCCUACGCUAAAGUGUACACAACUUAUUUGAUUCGAGAGGCUGAUGAUGACAAAGAUGGUAAAUUGACAUUGGAUGAGAUAUUGAAUCAUGAAAGUAUUUUCUAUAGUACUGUUUAUGAUAACGGUAGAAAUGAAGAUAUUUUCCACGAAGAACUAUGAUUUAUG